AUGGAAAUCCUGUAUGAAUGUGGAAGCCAUUAGCAGAGUAAUUGCUGUCUGUUACCAUGACAACCAGCCGCUGCAGUCACCUGCCUGAAGUCCUGCCAGACUGCACCAGCUCCACUGUGCCCGUGGUGAAGACCGUGGAGGAUUGUGGCAGCCUAGCGAAUGGGCAGCCACAGUAUGUCAUGCAAGUUUCAGCCAAGGACGGGCAGCUGCUGUCAACAGUAGUGCGGACUCUUGCCACCCAGAGCCCCUUCAAUGACCGGCCAAUGUGCAGGAUCUGCCAUGAAGGCAGCAGCCAAGAGGACUUGCUCUCUCCAUGUGAAUGUACAGGGACCUUGGGGACAAUUCAUCGGAGCUGCCUGGAGCACUGGCUGUCGUCCUCAAACACCAGCUACUGUGAACUCUGCCACUUCAGGUUUGCAGUGGAGCGCAAACCCAGGCCGUUAGUGGAGUGGCUCCGAAACCCAGGCCCCCAGCAUGAGAAACGGACUCUGUUUGGAGACAUGGUGUGCUUCUUGUUCAUAACGCCCCUGGCCACCAUCUCGGGCUGGCUCUGCCUGCGGGGCGCCGUGGACCACCUGCACUUUAGUAGUCGGCUCGAAGCCGUCGGACUGAUUGCACUCACUGUCGCACUCUUCACUAUUUACCUCUUUUGGACACUAGUGUCAUUUAGGUACCACUGUCGAUUGUACAACGAAUGGCGUCGGACCAAUCAGAGGGUGAUUCUCCUCAUUCCAAAGUCUGUCAACGUACCUUCUAACCAACAGUCCUUGCUGGGCCUCCAUUCGGUCAAGAGGAACUCAAAGGAGACAAUUGUUUGAUGCUCGUGUGGGUGGGUGGUUGAUGAGUUGUUUGGGAUCUGGAAGUUCCUACGCUGGGGCCAUGCACUGAGUCACCCCAAAACCCUUCUUUAAGCCUGUGGGUCUCAGAACAGCCAGAACCACGUUAGUACAUCGCCCUAAGCAACAAACUCUGCCGGAAGAAAGCAAAUGCUGUUUUACUUCAAAUCAUGGAUGCUGCAAUCAUAUGAUAUUUGCUAAGCUGCCAAACAUGUUUAUUUAGCAGAUACUGUAUGGAAUUUUCUGAACACCUCUUUAACACGGAGGAAAGCGCUCCGCAUAAGGACGCAGUUCUUCCUUUUUUAUUACUAUUUCAAAUAGAGAGAUAUAUAUUAAACCUAGAUGAUAAUCAACAUCAGAAAAGCCAAGGUAAAAGCUGGCUUCUUGGUUUGGAUGGGUUCUGUUUUGGCUAGUUUAUUUGUUUCCUGGUUUCUACUGUAUAUUCUUUGGGGCAGUUUGAUAGCUUGAGUGGUCUUUUUCGUCUCUUUCUGUCUCUCUUCAAGGAGACAUCAUACCGACUUCAGAACAAGUCAGAUCCGAAGGAUGUUUUGUACUAAACCUCAUUUAAUUAUUCCGUUUUUAAAGAAACAAACAAAAAAAGAAGGUGUGGCCCCCCUCCACACAGUGAGCUGUUUAUUUAAGUACCAGUAGCGAGGGGGGAUGAUGGUGAGAAGCACGCUCCUGUCAACUUGUUUAGUACUGACAGCUGAUAGAAGCUAUUUUCUAAUAAUAAAUAUACAGUGUGUGAAAGACAAA